UGAACAACAGAGUGAGUGAACGACAGAGUGAACGACAGAGCGAGUGAACGACAGAGUGAACGACAGAGUGAACGAGAUAGUGAGUGAACGACAGAGAGAGUGAACGAGAUAGUGAGUGAACGACAGAGUGAACGACAGAGUGAACGACAGAGUGAACGACAGAGAGAGUGCGCCAGCUCCGUUCUUCCCGGCCGCCCCGUUGGCGAACGAGGAACGUGGACCCCUCCACCACACCACAGACAGACAGAUGUCCAUCAAGAAACCGGAGCUGAGCGAGAUGUCGACCCGUGCCAAGUACUGCGCCGGGGACGAGGAGGAAGGGGGCAUGACCCCUGCCGCCGCCGCCGCCGCCGCCGCCGCCGCGCGUGGCGACUGCGCCCGCGGGGGUUGCCACGCCGAGGAGGGCGCCGAGUCGGCGUCGGCGGCGGCGGCGUCGUCUUCCACGUGGGUGGAGCUGUACGCGCAGCCCGUGGCGGCCGAGCUCGUGGGCUCCUUCUUCUUCAUCUUCAUCGGCUGCCUCUCGGUGAUCACCAACCCGAGCGACACGGGCGCGCUGCAGCCGGCGCUCGCGCACGGCCUCGCGCUGGGGCUCUGUAUCGCCGUGCUCGGCAAGCUCAGCGGGGGUCACUUCAACCCGGCGGUGACCGCGGGGGUGGCGGUGGUCGGUGGGGUGAGCCUGCGUCUCGUCAUCCCCUACUGGGUCAGCCAGCUCGUGGGUGGCAUGCUGGGGGCCCUGCUGGCCAGGGGCGUGGUGGGCGAGGAGGCGUUCGCGGCGUCGUCGGGCGCCGCCUUCGUGCCGCCUGAGGCGGUGGCGCUGGGCCGCGCGGUGCUCGCUGAGACGUUCCUGAGCGCGCUGCUCGUACUCGCCGUCGUCAUGGGCGCCGUCAACGAGCGCUCCUCGUCGCCCCUGGCGCCCUUCUGCAUCGGAUUCGUCGUCACCGUCGACAUCCUCGCCGGGGGUUCCAUCUCAGGCGCGUGCAUGAACCCGGCGCGCGCCUUCGGCCCCGCGGUCGUGAAGAAUCUGUGGGAGUCGCAUUGGGUCUACUGGCUGGGGCCCUUCCUCGGAGGGCUCCUCAUAGGCGCCCUCGUGAGGCUGUUGCUGGGUGACAGAAGACGCCGAAUCCUGUUCAAGUGAAGAGGAGGACGCGCGCGACCGUCCCGCCCGCAGAUCAACUCAGCCUGAAAUCAGUCAAAAAUGCGCGCGCGAGUUCACGACUCACGGCCAACAUCAGUGGCGAAUAUCCGAACCGGUUUCCUCCCGGGGGGGUUGGGGGGGGGGAGGGCCUCCUCCCUAAGGCCGUGCUCCUGGUGCGGUGUGGCUGCUGAAACGGGUCAAAAAACAGAAAAGAACUUCGGCUCCGGAGAGACAAAGGCGGCCGGGCGUAUUUGCUGCCCGAAUGCACCAGCACCUUAAUAGGUGCUCGCUAACAGCGCUUAACUCGGCAGUCCUUGAGGGCGAACGGGAUACAUUCUACUGUUGUAUAUAACACACGAAUGCACACACACACAUAUAAACUUUAAUAUAUAUUUCUAAAUAAAGUAAAUUUUCUUCAUGCUCAUUAAACAUCAUUUGUAUUGAACCCACGUCAAGCUGCAAGUGGUGGGGGAGGGGUGGGGAGGA